AUGGAGUCCGCCAUACGCUUCUCUCAGAACUCCCUACCGGGGACUCCCCAACGAUUCAUGUAUGUCGACGUAACCGGGAAGUCUUUCAAGUUAUGCAAGAUCACAGGUCAGAACCAGAAAACUCUCCAAUAUGACACGAUCUGUACAUCCACCAAAGUCCCAGCAUUCCGAGCUUUUGAUUGGCACCCUCUCGAUGAAGAUCUCGUGGUAGUGGGACAGGCGGGCGGAGAGGCCACCCUUCUAAACAUCGCAGAAGGUCAACAGGACUCAUUAUCGUUUCAAGUCCGCAGUCAACGACUUUGCAAUGCGGUGGCUCUGAAUACCCAGAAUUUACUGGCUGCUGGACUCGACAAAGUACGGACCGACUUCUGUUUGAACAUCUGGGACUUCAAUCAACGAUUACCUGCGCCGGGAUCUAAGGGCUUCUCGAAGACCUAUUCUGAUCCUCUCCAUAAGCUUGCGAGCGGAGAACCAAUCACCAGCUUGAAGUUCUUCCAAGAUGACCCGCAACUGCUGGUGGCCGGGGUCAAGGGCCAAUUUGUCAGGCUCUAUGACCUGCGAGAACCGACCGUCGGUAACGGCUUACAGUUUGCGACUCGAUGCGUCCAUAAUCUGGCAAUUGACUGGCGAGACGAAAAUUUUUUCGCUUCCUGUUAUCCCACAAACGACCCGUCAAUAUGCGUCUGGGACCGGCGUAUGAUCACCUGUCUCAACCCUCCCCACAUGAGUUUUGGAGGAAGCUUGCACUCCGAGAAUCGUCAACCGGUGGCCUCACUGGAACUGAAGAAUGUCAUUGAAACUCUGGGCACGAUCUGGAGUCUACGAUUCUCGAAAGCUGAGCGAGGCUGUCUAGGUGUUCUCUCUAGCACCGGACACCUCAAAGUAUACCAUAUAGGCAAGGACUUCGUGCCUGAAACAUGUCGGAUUGAUCGAGAUGCGGGUCAUGAUCUGUCCUGGGAGACAAGUCCACCACAAGACGUUUUUCUCGACCGUGCCCAAGACGUGGCCAAGCAGUAUUCAUAUCCGUCAGCUCCACGAGAUGAAAAGUCAAGAGUCGUGUCUUUCGACUUCAUGACAUCAACCAACAAGCUGAGACAGUCGGAGAUCAUAACUCUAGAUGGAAAUGGAGUAGUACGGGUCACUUCAACAAGUCCUACUCCGGAACCAACCGCCCUUUCAUCAGUGGGAUUUUUGUGCAAAGGGGAAUUCGUGGUCACGCAAUCUACCUCUGAAGGUAUUGAACCAGGUCACGCUAUCGACCAAGUUCGUCGCCGUGCUCAACCGCGGAACCUCUUAAAACAGGCAUUCAAGCAAUCGCGGCAAAAUAAAACACCCUCUGACCAGAAGAGAAUGUCUAGCCUCGAUGAUCAAGCGUGGCACGCUGACUUGGGUUUCUACGAAAAGGACGUUCCGUUACCAGAUUUCCUCAUGUUGACUUCCAUUCAACGGCUGCGCUGCGAGGCCGGUUAUUUGCUGAACCCGUCCAAAAAUAAAAUCAUUGUCUCGGACUCUCACUGGUUACAAACGUUCUGGGCUUGGGUCGAGCGCGCUGCUAAGAUUUCGAGAAAUGGGAACAUGACACAAGAUAAUUUCGAUUUGUCAUAUGCGGGAGUGUAUGGCCUGUGGAUGGAAGAUAUCGAUCCUCAAAACCGAACGCGAGGCCCCAGCUCCAGUAAGCUUGCCAAGAUCAUUGAGAAUCUUGUCCGCCGCUUGAAUAUUCCUCGCGUCAAAGAUAUUGCAACCGAAUAUAUGGCGAAUCGGCAAAUCUGCCUUCACUCCGCCGGUCUGGCGUGGUCGUAUGAGGAACUCGAGAUGAUCGUGAAACGUCUCGUGGCACAAAAUCAGCACACCAAAGCGGCAGCGCUGGCGAUAUUUGCGGUGGAACGUAAACUGGCUUACAAGGCCUUGCGCAGCAAGAACGCUAAUCAAUCUCACAAGAUGCUUGCGAUGGCAAUUGCCGGGGCAGCAAGAAGAGUACGGAGUGAUGAAGACGGACCCACCACCGGCGACGAUUCGGAUACGCAGAAUGACUGGGUUGAUACGAUUUCUUCCCUGGCUGACGAAUUGACUGAUCCUUACGCACGAGCAAUUCUGGCCUACGUCAAGACAGGAGAUUGGUCGAACGUCGUGUCGGAAGGGUCUCUCCCUCUCAAAUACCGGGUCUGUGUCGCUUUACGACAUCUGGACGACUCGAAGUUGACCCGGUAUAUCUCGCAAGCGACAAAGGAUGCUCUAGCGGAAGGUGAUAUCGAAGGUGUCAUACUUACCGGCACUGCGACACCAGAUGCCUUUGAAUUGAUGGCAGGGUAUCUUCGCCGGUUCGGUGACUUGCAGACUGCCGUUCUGGCUCUUUGUCCAGCCAUCCCACGAUAUGUGGACGAGGAGAAAGUGGUUCGUAAAUUCUCGGCUUGGAAGGACGCUUACCGGAACAUGAUGAAUGGUUGGAACCUGAAGUUCGAUCGCGUUCGAUUCGACAUUGCAUGCCAAAAUGCAGCGAUUGAUGAAAGUGGCCGGCGACUCAUAUCACCAGCAAAGCAACAAAUUCGUCUUGUCUGUGGUUUCUGCGCUCAAGGUAUUGCCCAUUCAGUCGGAUUGAACGGAGAAAGCUCUCCGGGGCACAAGGUUGUCGAAACUUCCCAACAUCCUCUCACAAAGGAGAAAGCGGCUGCUAUUGGCACCGUUUGUCCCAAAUGUGGUCGACACCUGCCACGUUGCGGAGUUUGCGAUCUAUGGCUCGGGGUCCCUGACGACUCGUACUUACCGUGGUACGGACAACAACACGGACUGAAACACAACCCGGGAAAAGUCAGUCUUGAUCUCAGCGCCAGCAUGACGGGUAGUGUUCAGACGACCAUUGGCCCUGGUGCUCCGACAGCGACACCCAAAGGUACCGAAUCACCUCGACCAAAACAACCACAACGAUCACAGGGCAAUUCUAAAGCAUCAGAGACCACAGAAUCCUCGACCCGGACCGCCAUUCCAGCCAGUCAUACUACUCUCAAUGGAACUGAAGCUGUACCUCGUGUUGCAGGGGCACAUCCAGGGACCGAAAACGAAUCAGAAAAGGUCGAAGCAGUUCAGAGGUGGGACACGGCCAUGUCACGCUUUACCGUGCUCUGCGUGAAAUGCUCUCAUGGAUUUCACGCCGCUCAUGCGAGGAUGCAAGACUUGGCUCUCGUGCCACUCCAAUAUCCUCAUAUUCUGGGAAGUGAUGUAGCUGGUGUUGUCCAGAAAGUUGGGGAGGCCGUGACGAGAUUCAAGCCAGGAGACCGCGUCAUAGGCGGAUUAGACACUGUCUUGGAUUGGCUUACGGUGGUGCAAAGCAUGGCGGUUUCCAACACUACACGACUUGCCGCGAGGCCGUGGUUCUUCCACUUGGCCUGUCCACUUCGUUCACCGCUCUUUAUGGGCAUCUUGGACUCGAACUACCCAGCCUCGAGGCAAACUCGAAUGAUAAGACGAUCUUCAUUUGGGGGGAGGAGCUCGUCCAUGGGAAGUGUCGCAAUCCAACUUGCCGUCGCUUCGGGAUAUGAAGUUAUCACCGCCGCCAGUGCCAGGAACCAUGAAUAUGUCAAAGCGUUGGGAGCGGCUGAGGCAUUCGAUCAAGCCACGCCCGGUGUUGUCGAUCUGAUUGUCCAAAGGCUCAAAAAGUCCACCCUUGCAGGAGUGUACGACUGCAUUGGACUGGAGAGCACCACUAGAUCAUGCGCAGAUAUAUUGAGCCAACUUGGUGGCGGAGUGCUUCCUACCGUUCUCUGGCCGCCAAGCGACUUGCCUGGAAAUGUGAAGCCAGCUUUGGUUAACGCUACAGACCCAGGAUUGGUCCCGGAUCAUGUAGGGGCCAAACUCUGGAAAGGAUAUGUUCCCGCAGCCCUGGAAGCAGGGAAACUUCUGGCCAAACCAGAACCCAAGGUCGUCGUGGGUGGGCUGGAUGCGAUUCAAGACGCAAUGGAAAUGCAGAAGAAGGGUGUUUCCGCCCAGAAGAUUGUGGUUGAAAUGUAG